GGCUUGGGGAGGGAGUCCCGCGAGGCCCCGCCCCUUCCUGCCUCACCUGCCCGGCAGGUAGGCGUCCCAGGAAGAAGCCAGGAGGGUUUCCGGGAUGGGGGCCGAGCCGCGCCGAGCCCGGACCCCCCUCCUGCCGGGGCUGCGGAUCCUCCUUCUCGCAGCCGUGGCCGGAGCCCGCUCCUUGGAGAUCCAGGUUGACCCCAGAGUCCAGGCCUUUGUGGGGGAGCCGGUGACCCUCAAGUGCUGGUUCAGGUCCUCCGCCCCCCUCACCGAGAAGCUGACCGUUGACUGGACCUUCCGACCACGAGCCGGGGGCAGCGUGGAGCCCGUCUUCCACUACCAGUCCCAGGCCUUCCCAGCACAGGGGGGCACCUUCCGGGGCCGUGUCCUCUGGGCCGGAGACGUCAGCAAGAGCGAUGCCUCCAUCCGCAUCUUGAAUCCCUCGCUGGACGACAACGGGACCUUCACUUGCACUGUAAGGAAUCCUCCAGACGUGCAGCACAACAUCCCCCAGACGCUGUUGACCGUCACUCUCAGAGGUGCCUCCUUCCAACUGACCUCUGCCGGACUGCUCUCCCUCCUGGUCUUCCUCCCUUCGGCUGUGGUGGUGGCCCUGCUGCUGGUCCGGAUGGGAAAGAAGUCUGGGCUGCUGAAAGCCAAGAAAAGGAAGUUUGGCUACAAGAAGUCCUCCAUCGAAGUCUCCGAUGACCCAGAGCCUCCUGGAUGCCGGGAAAAGCUGGCCAGAUGCUGCCUGCGGUGCCUGGACACAGAUGAUGAUGAUCCCUACUGACCGGACGGGGAGAAGCCUGCCAUUUAGGGGUUCAGCGGAGACCUGCCUUGGGAGACACUGCUGUUCUCCUACUUCUUGGCUGUCGGUCUCUCUCUCGAUGUUUGGACUGGGACUGGGGUUUGCUGCCAACCCCGGCUCUUUUGGGGGGACCCCUUGUAUUCCUUCAGCCCCUUGAAGUGGUCAGUGGCUCCUAGUAGCCUUGCUGGAGGCCCCAUUCGGCAUAGAGACAAUACACAGGGCAAUGGGGCCAGGCUCCGUCCCAAGGGUCCCUAAUAAACCUCUCUCUCCA